ACACAACAUUGUAAAGUAAUUACACUCCAAUAAAGAUGUAAAAAAAAAUCAUAAGGGAAAAAAAAGCCAUUAAAAUGUUCAAACCUGGCCCUUGUGGUGCUGGGUAGCAAGAUCUCAGCCAUGGCUUCCGCGGACUCCCGGCGGAUGGGGAAUGGCGGCAGUGUCGGGGGCGCCUUCCAGCUCUACCUGGACUCUUUGCGGCAGGAACUGCGGCAGAGGGACCCGACGCUGCUGUCAGUCGUGGUGGCGCUCGUUGCCGUGCUGCUGACGCUGGUGUUCUGGAAGUUCAUCCGGAGUAGAAGGAGCAGUCAAAGAGCUGUUCUUGUUGGCCUUUUUGACUCCGGGAAAACAUUGCUUUUUGUCAGAUUGUUAACAGGCCUUUACAGAGACACUCAGACUUCCAUCACUGACAGCUCUGCUGUCUACAGAGUCAACAAUAACAGGGGCACUAGCCUGACCUUGAUUGACCUCCCUGGCCAUGAGAGCUUGAGACUUCAGUUCUUAGAGCGGUUUAAGGCUUCAGCCAGUGCUAUUGUGUUUGUUGUGGAUAGUGCAGCCUUCCAGCGAGAGGUGAAAGAUGUGGCAGAGUUUCUGUAUCAAGUCCUCCUUGACAGUAUUGGUCUGAAGAACACACCGUCAUUCUUAAUCGCUUGCAAUAAGCAAGGUACUAUCAUGUUUUCUGGCAAUAAUAGUUGA